AGCAAGGAUACUUACAUGCACUCUCAUUCCUUUGGCAUCCAAAAGACUUUCCUUGUCUCAAAGGAUUUUGGAGUCUUUACCGCUUCGCUAUUCGCUGUCCUUCAUCCAAAGAGGUUGCUGGGAUUCAUAACAUUAGGUGUGCCAUUUAUCCUUCCUGGUUCCAAAACCGUCAGUAAAGAUCUCCUCAAAGGCUUCUACAUAUCGAGGUGGCAGGAGCCUGGAAGAGCUGAAGUGGAUUUCAGACGGUUCGAUGUCAAGACUGUAGUGCGUAACAUUUACAUUCUCUUCUCCAAAAGUGAAAUCCCGAUAGCUAGGGAAGAUCAGGAGAUCAUGGACCUGGUUGAUCCAACCACUCCUUUACCGCCUUGGUUCACGGAUGAUGAUCUGACAGCUUAUGCAACAUUAUAUGAGAAAUCAGGAUUUCGUUUACCAUUAUGAGUGCCAUAUAGCUUGUCCCCAACUUGGGUAAAGGAGGGAGGUUGAUGUUAAAUAGCAGCUUAUUUUUGGACUUGUGCCAAGUAAUCAUGAGAAUUCCCAUUUUGAAUCUCGAUUGGUGAAGCA